UCUAUGGAAAACAAGUCAAAAGUGAAUGAGUUUAUCCUUCUAGGAAUAACAGAUGAUCCAGAGCUUCAGGUCCCUCUCUUCAUCAUGUUCACCUUCAUCUAUCUCAUCACCUUGGUUGGGAACCUGGGCAUAGUAGCUCUGAUCUCCUGGGAUUCCCAUCUCCACACUCCCAUGUACUUUUUCCUCAGUAAUCUCUCUCUUGUGGAUUUUGGCUACUCUUCAGCUGUUACUCCUAAGGUGAUGGCUGGGCUUCUCAGAGGGGAUAAAAUCAUCUCUUAUAAUGGAUGUGCUACACAAUUGUUCUUUGUCGGGACCUUUGCUACUACUGAAAGUUUCCUCUUAGCCUCCAUGGCCUAUGAUCGCCAUGCAGCUGUGUGUAAGCCUCUACAUUACACCACCACCAUGACUUCAACACUAUGUGCAAUUCUGGCCAGUGGCACUCACCUCUGUGGUUUUUUAACCUCCUCCAUAGUUAUAGGGAAUAUUUUUAGCCUUUCUUUCUGUAGGUCCAACAUAGUCCAUCACUUUUUCUGUGAUAUUCCUCCUCUCCUAUUUCUCUCUUGUUCUGAUAUUCACAUAAUUGAAUUAGUAAUCUUCAUCAUAGGGUCAAUCACUGUCUUUUUUCCAUUUAUCGUUAUCUUCACCUCAUACUUCUUAAUCUUCAUCACCAUCCUGAAGAUCCAUUCUGCUGAAGGCCGCCAGAAAGCCUUCUCCACUUGUGCUUCCCAUCUCAUAGCAGUGUCUAUAUUUUAUGGGACAAUCAUCUUCAUGUACCUGCAGCCCAGCUCUAGCCAUUCAAUGGAUAUAGACAAAACAGUGUCUGUAUUCUACACCAUCGUCAUCCCUAUGUUAAACCCUCUGAUCUAUAGUAUGAGGAACAAAGAUGUCAAGAAUGCUUUUAUGAAAACUGUGAGAGGAAGGUGA